AUGCAGGUCCAAUUUUGGGCGCCGACAGCUUCUGGUGCCGGGGUGUCCCUGAUCAUGGGAUACUUGAACGGCAACAACAUUCCGGACCUCCUGUCCUUCCGCAGCAUGGUCACCAAGUUUGUGGGCACCUGCUGCGGCGUCUGCGCCAACAUUGCCCUCGGCCCUGAGGCGCCCAUGGUGCACUUGGGGGCUUGCGUGGCCCAUGGUGUCACCCAUGCAGCCUGCGGGACUCGGCCUUUGCGGGGUCCCACGGCAGCGAAAUUUCAAACGGGGACCAGCAUCACCACGAUUUUGCUGGGGACCGAUCAGAGAGCGGCCUGGAGGCAGAAGGGAGUGAAAGGAGUGCAGCACGAUGCAGAUCGGCGCGAGUUCAUAUCUGCGGGCGCCGCUGCUGGCCUUGCGGCUGCAUUUGGAGCUCCCAUUGGUGGCGUCCUAUUCUCCAUGGAGGAGGCGUGCACGCACUGGUCACGCAAGGUCGCCUGGCGUUGCUUCGUCUGCACCACAGUAGCUGUGAUUGCAGUGGCGCAGUUAAACCCAGGUUGGAAGCGCGGAGUGCUGUCCUUCUAUGGGGUGAAGGAGAUGGGCGCCAGGGAGUGGUUUGAGCAGCUGCCCCUCUUUGCAGCUGUCUCUAUCUGCUCUGGGCUGUUGGGAGCGCUAUUCAACACCCUGCACAAGGCCCUCCUCUCUGUGAGGGCUCCAAGGGCAGAAAACUGGAAGCGCAUGGCAGAAGCUGCCAUUCUGGCAGCCAUCACAGUGGUGAUGAUGCUGGCACUUAGCUACUUUCUGGGCACCUGUGUGGAGGUGCCAGACUGGCAGCAGAAGAACUAUGGCUUCACCUUCCACUGCCCUGAAGGGAAGUAUAAUGACCUGGCAACAGCGUUUAUGGCUUUUCCAGAUAAGACCAUAAGCCAUCUGUUCAGCUUGGGAAGUCUGACACCACAGGUCUGCCAAGGGGAGAAUUGCUACUUCACGCUGCGGAGCUUGAUGAUUCUGUGCCCCAGUUACCUUCUAUUCAUGGCCCUCAAUGGGGGUCUGUCUGUCCCCGGAGGCCUCUUUAUGCCCAGCAUCAUGGUUGGCGCAUCUUUUGGCGCGACCUGCGGGCUGCUGCUCAUGAAGUGGCUGCCCACGUGGGAGAUACAGCCGGGCAUUUAUGCCAUGUGUGGCGCCGCAGCCAUGCUGGGCGGCGUUUUCAGGGCGUCCAUCAGUCUCGUGGUGAUUUUUGUGGAGGGCAGUCAGAGCACCAAGUACAUUGUGGGCAUCAUUAUAGCGGUCAUCUGCAGCAACUGGGUGGGGGAGGCCAUCCACAGCGACGGCAUCUACGAGACAGACCUGGAGGCGGACGGCUCGGUCAUCUUCCUGCGCCCCUCGCCGCCGCAGGGUCUAUACGCCAAGUCAGCGGGGCAGAUAGCGAGCCGAGCCGUCUGGAGCUUCCGGACGAUAGAGAGCGUGGGCUAUGUGGUGCGGGUGCUGCGGCACUGCUCGCACAACGGCUUCCCCGUCGUGCGCAGUAUGCCGGGCGACUGCGAUGACAACGAAAUGGAGGACGAGUCCGACUCCGGCCCCGGCCCCGAUGCGACCCGCGGGAGUGCCAGCCGCGAGGGCCCCCUGGAAGGCGUCAUCCUGCGCAGCCAGCUCAUGGUGCUCCUUGCCAACAGGGCGUUCUGCGACGAGAGGGGGGCUGCGCUGACGCGGGAACAGGCCGGGGAGCGGUUGGCGCGGGAGCUCAAGCUGGACCGCAGCAUGAGGAUGUACCACCGCCACUCCGACACCCAAACGUGCGCCGCCUACCUCCAUGCUUCCACUGCAGCUCAUUCAUCUAUCUAUCUUCACAACAACCUGCGCCAGCCGCGCCUCUACAUGGACCUGCGCCCCUUCCUGGACUGCGGGCCCAUCACCGUGCGGCCGGAGACGCCAGCAGAGCGCGCGCACAUGGCAUUCGUAUCGCUAGGCCUGCGCCACCUGUGCGUAACGGAUGAGAACAGCCGAGUGCGCGGCAUCAUCACGCGCCGUGACCUGGACUAUGCCGCCGGCCACGGCGCCUGGCGCCGCAACAAGAUGGCCCCCGCGCCCGACUUGCCGGCCGAGAGAGGUGCACUCUAA